AUGUCGGAUUACUCCGAUACGGAAGAGCAUGACCCCCAGGCGGAUGAGCUCCGUGAGACGGCGCUCGUCACCUUGGAGGCCCUGAUUAGCUCGUGCAACCAGCAGAUGCAGCCAUACAUCACCAACGCCAGCCAAGCCGCUCUCCGAUUCCUUAAAUACGAUCCCAAUGUCGCCGAACUGGAGGACGAUGAAGAAAUGGGCGGAACCCAAGAUGAUGGGAGUGAGGACGAUGCCACCGCCGACCUGGAUGACGAUGAGUUUGGAGACUUUGAAGAGGAAGACGGAUACAGUGACAUCGAUGACAUGAGCUGGAAGGUUCGCCGCUGUGCUGCCAAGCUACUCUACACUCUUAUUUCAACCUAUGGCCGUAGCCGUGCCCUGGACGAUACCACCCUCUACCAGCAGAUCGCCCCCGCCUUGAUCUCCCGGAUCAGCCGUGAACGAGAAGAGAGUGUGAAGAUGGAGGUUAUAUCGACCUUGACGGCUCUGGUACACAAGACGAGUGAGGGAUCCGUUAUUGUCACCUCGAAUGGCUUCCUGGAGACCGUUGGAGGUUCGAAGAACUCCCGCAAGCGCAGACGCCAAGACAGCGAUGCUAGUAUGGUCGAUUUCGAACCCAGUGCUGGCACUUCUUCUGCGAUCGACUCGCCCGUCGUCCCCUCCUCUCCCAAGUCUGGCCCUCAAGCUGACCUUGCACGUUCCGUGCCCUUGAUUGUACAGAGUUUGGUCAAGGCAUGGAAGCAAGCCUCCAUGCCCUUGCGACAGGCUGCCGUUGUGCUCUUGAGGAGCCUCUCCUUGGUUCGCUACGGUGGACUGGCCGAUCAUCUCCAGCAGAUUGAAUAUCUCAUUGCGGACGCUCUCAAAACCUCCUCUCUUUCAGGUAGCUCAGCUGCCCAUUCUGGUGCUGCUGUCAGUGCCGGCUCUCUUCAGAUCGAGACCCUUGGCCUUAUUUCUGCUAUUGCCGAGACUCAUCUGUCUGAUGCUCUACUCCCCUUCCUCAUCGCUCUGGUUCCUGGUGUCGUUGGAGCUGUCAACGAACGCAAUUACAAGGUUAGCAGCGAGGCUCUGGGCGCCGUGGAGCAGAUCGUAAAGGCCAUGACCCCGCCUCGUGCAUCUGCCAAUACCCCCGAGGUUGCCAAACAACUGGAGAAGCUUUACGAGGUUGUUCUUGCCCGCAUUACCGACACCAGUGCCGAUCUUGAAGUUCGUCAGCGAGCCAUCCACGUAUUCGGUGUGAUCCUGGCCCUGACAUCGGGUGAACGGGGUACCGAGUACCUGUCUGCAGAUUACAGGUCCAAGGGUCUCUCCAUUUUGGUGGACCGUGUCAAGAAUGAGACAACUCGACUGGCCGCCGUGCGCGCCAUUGACGAUGUCGUCGUGCUUGCCAGCCGCCCCGAGGACGUUAGUGCGGACUGGGUCAACGAGAUCACCCUCGAGCUCGGCUCCAAUCUUAGGAAGUCGGACCGAGCUUUGCGGGGAUCGUGCUUGGAGGCUCUCCGCAGUGUUGCCAUGAACUCCAGCAUCCGAUCUCAGCUUAGCCCCACUACUAUGACCACGCUGGAAAGCUCUCUCCUUCCAUUGUUGUCCGCCCCGGACUUCCACCUCCUCACGCCGACAUUGAUCAUCAUUGCCAAGCUUGUUCCCGGAAACUCAAAGUCACUUGUCAAUGAGUCCCUUAUCACCUCGAUUUGCACUAUCGUUAAGCAACCGCUUGUCGGUACCGUUCUAAAGGCCCUGCUGCUUUUGGUGAAAGUCAUUGGAGACGAAGGUGCAGGUGCCCAGUUGAUGCAGAAUCUAUUGCAGAAUGUCGGCAUCACUGGGGAUUCCUCCGUCGUCGGUCGGGCUAUCGGUACUCUCCUUGUGCACGGUGGACCAAACCUGGGUGUCACCAUGAACGACUUCUCAAAUGAGCUCAGUACGGCCAAGGAUGACAGCCGCAAGUGCCUCGCGCUUGCAAUCUUGGGUGAGAUUGGAUUGCGCAUGGGAGCCGAGUGCGCGCUGACUCCCGAUAUUUUCAUUGCACACUUCAACUCGGGCUCGGACCACGUUCGCCUGGCUGCAGCUACUGCUCUUGGCAAUGCGGCGGCGGGUAGUGUCAAGACCUAUCUCCCUAUCAUUCUCAAUGGUCUUGAUAAAUCAAACACGCAAAGCUACCUUCUUUUGCACUCGGUGCGAGAAUUGCUUCAACACCCCGAAGUCGUCCGCCCAGAUCUUGCCCCCGCUGCGCUCAAGCUGUGGCAGGCACUGCUUGUCGUUUCCGAGGAGGAAGACAACCGUGCGGUUGGCGCCGAGUGCGUUGGUCGUCUGGCUCUGAUUGACCCAGUGAACUACAUCCCCCACUUCCGAGAUUGCCUAAACAACUCCGACCCCGUCGUCCGUGGCGUAGUCAUCUCAGCCUUCCGCUACACACUCGCCGACUCCAGCGAUGCCUACAACGAUGUUCUGCGACCCUUGAUGGUGCCUUUGCUCACCAACAUGCUUAGCGACAGCGACCUUGGUAACCACCGUCUUGCAUUGACCACGCUCAACUCUGCCAUCCACAACAAGAUGAACCUGCUCCUCCCACACUUGGGUGAGCUGCUCCCCGCCGUCUUUGGCGAUACCCAGAUCAAGCCCGAGUUGAUCCGCGAGGUGCAAAUGGGUCCGUUCAAGCACAAGGUCGACGACGGACUUGACCUUCGCAAGAGCGCCUACGAGACCCUCUACGCCUCCCUCGACACCACCUUUGCCCGCAGCCACAUCUCGGAGAUCUUUGAUCGCGUCAUCGCUGGUGUGGAGGAUGAGCAAGAUAUCCGUGCGAUUAGCAACCUGAUGACCUCCAAGCUUGUUAUUAUCGCUCCCGAGGAGACCGAGCGCCGUCUUGAUGCACUUUCCGAACGCUACACCACGGUGCUUUCGUUCAAGCCAAAGGAGAAUGCCGUCAAGCAGGAGUUGGAGAAGGCGCAGGAGGCCUCGCUGGGUAUUCUCAAGACCACCAAGGAACUCAGUAAAGCGUUCCCUGGUGCAGAGGCCUCGAGCGACCUGCACAAGUGGAAGGGAUACAUGGAGUGGGUUCGGAAGAACUUUGCAUCCCAGUGGCAGUCUCUAGACUCGGAGUUCUGA